AUGAGGCUAGAAACAAAUGGAAUCAGGCUGUGGUCAUAUGUGGUCAUUAAUUUGCUACUCAGUGAUUCAAACGCUCUGUUCAAGUUUAAAAAUGUUAAGUGCACAUGCUACGAAAAGUCCUUUUGCGAACUUAAACGUUGUGAACUGAAGGUCCUGGGACGCGGCAUUGUGGACUUAAAUCUGCAUGCCCAGGUUAAUAAGCUGCCCAUUAAGUCUACGACGUGCGUACUAACCCUGUUCCGAAGAUUCAGUGGCUACAGGCCGUUCCUCUUUAAUUUCACCGUAGAUGUUUGCCAUUUUCUUAAACAGCGAAAACGCUAUCCGUUUGCCGACUUAGUUUACGAUGGAAUAAAAAGCUUUAGUAAUUUAAAUCAUACCUGCCCCUUCAAUCAUGACAUAAUAGUAAACCAAAUGGUUCUGAAUGAUGACAUGAUAUCCAAAGCUCCCGUGCCAAAUGGUUUUUAUAAACUCAGGUUCAUCGUGAAAACAGACGGCGUUUGGAGGGGCGAAGUUGAAGUCCAUGCUGAGGUUAAUCUGGGAAUCGAUCGCUGA